AUGUUCCCUAUCAUUGAGAGCUAUGGUGAAAAAUUGGUGAAAAACAUUGAGAAGAAAGUGGCUAACGAAGAGCUCUUGGACAUGAAGAACAUUUUUGGAGCCUACAGCAUGGAUGUGGUGGCCAGCACUUCUUUCAGCGUGGAUGUUGACUCCAUGAGCAAACCCAGUGACCCCUUUGUCACCAACAUUAGGAAAUUUCUCAAAUUCAGUUUCCUAAACCCGUUAUUGAUGUUCAUAGUAUUGUUCCCCUUCAUGAUCCCAGUGCUGGAAAAGAUGAAUGUGACGCUGUUAUCUAACGAAGUCAUGGACUUCUUUGAUGUCUUCUUCAUGAAAAUGAAGAAGGAACGGGAAAAAGGAUACCACAUGAACCGAGUGGACUUCCUGCAGCUGAUGAUUGACUCACAGAGCUCACAGGAUGGCUCCAAGACUGCUGAGGAGAAGGACUCGCACAAAUCAUUAAGUGAUGAGGAGAUUCUGGCCCAGGCUCUUAUCUUUGUCUUUGCUGGUUAUGAAACCACCAGCUCCACCCUCAGCUACAUCUCCUAUCACCUGGCCAUACACCCUGAUGUGCAGAAGCAACUCCAGGAUGAGAUUGAUGCAAACUUGCCCAACAAGGCUGCUCCUACGUACAAUGCAGUCAUGCAGAUGGAGUACCUGGACAUGGUGGUGAAUGAAUCCCUGCGGCUGUACCCUGCUGGGGGGCGGAUUGAUCGGGUCUGCAAGAAGACAGUGGAGUUCAAUGGGGUGACCAUCCCAAAGGAUAUGGUGGUCAUGAUCCCAAUCUACGUGCUUCACCAUGACCCGGAGUACUGGCCCAAGCCAGAGGAAUUCAGGCCUGAGAGGUUUAGUAAAGAAAACAGAGAGAACAUUGACCCCUACACCUACCUGCCAUUUGGGGCCGGCCCCAGGAACUGCAUCGGAAUGAGAUUUGCUCUCCUCGUCGUUAAAGUGGCUGUGGUUGCCCUUCUGCAGAACUUCUCUUUCAGACCCUGCAAAGACACUCCGAUCCCCCUGGUUCUGGACACAAAAGGUUUCAUGCAGCCAAAGAAGCCUAUUGUCCUGAAGAUGAUCCCCAGAGCCCAUGGCGAUCUGCAGAACUGAAGGAGCUGUUCAGAGACUUUCAAUCAAUGGUGCUUUCCCUGCCCAGCUCUGGAAAAGAGACCCAGAUUGGUGUGUGCACUCUGGAAAUGUCAGUGAUGCAAAUCCCCAUUUUGCAACGGGGCAUUAGGGGUUUGGCCUGGCAUAAUUAAAAGAGCAUUAUCCU